GUGCUCAGAUAAGCUGUUUUGCACCCAGCUCCUUCUCCUGGCGACAAGCUGCUUAUGUGGACUCCUACUGCUGGGCAGCUGUGCAGCAGAAGCAGCCAUCCCAGAACAACUUAGAAAACAUUCCCCUGUGGCUGCAUAAAUUCUUUCCAUACAUCCUUCUGCUCGUCGCUAUCCUGUUGUAUCUACCAUGUUUGUUCUGGCGCUUCACUGCAGCACCUCAUCUUUCUUCAGACCUAAAAUUUAUUAUGGAAGAACUUGACAAAGCCUAUAACAGGGCAAUCAAAGCUGCUAAUAGCAUCCGCAGUGGAGAACCCAGGGACCCUACUGACCUGGUUCCAGCUGUUAAUGAGAACUUGACACAGAGUUUGUGGGAAAUAUCUGAAAGCCACUUUAAAUACCCAAUAGUGGAGCAGUACCUGAAGACAAAGAAGAAUUCCAAAUGCCUGAUAACUAAAUACAUUAUCUGCCGUUUACUCACGCUACUAAUUAUUUUAAUUGCAUGCCUUUACCUGGGCUACUACAUUAGCCUCUCCUCUUUGACUGAUGAGUUUCUCUGCACUAUCAAAACUGGCAUCUUAAAGAAUGACACAACUGUUCCAGAAGUGAUUCAGUGCAAGCUUAUUGCUGUUGGUGUCUUCAAGGUACUCAGCUAUAUUAACCUGCUAGUCUAUCUUCUAGUGAUGCCGCUGGUAGUGUAUGCAAUGUUUGUUCCGUGGAGGUGGAAUUCGGGUAUCCUCAAAGUGUAUGAAAUCCUGCCAACUUUUGAUGUUCUGAAACUCAAGUCAAAGUGUUAUGAUGACUUAAGCCUGUACCUCCUCUUUCUCGAGGAAAAUGUGAGUGAACUUAAAUCAUUUAAAUGCCUCAAAGUGCUGGAGAACAUUGCAGUUUCUGAGAAGUUUGAUGUUAUGCAACUUUUGGUAAACCUUGGUACUAUUAAGACAGAUACCGUGGAUGGGAAUCCAGGCACAGCUGUGUUGGAGAAGCCUGAAGAAAGAACUAGACAAGAGCUGGAAAAAAAUGCAACAGAACUACAAGUUUUGACAGACCAUGAUGCAGGUGGCGACGUGAGUCCGAGAGAAGAUAAAAAACUUCGCCAAAGACUUCUCGAUUCUUCGUGCUGA